CAAGCACAGCUGGUCAAGUUAUAAAAUGCAGAGCUGCAGUGGCAUGGGAGGCAGGGAAGCCACUGGUGAUCGAAGAGGUGGAGGUGGCGCCACCUCAGGCAAUGGAGGUUCGCCUGAAGAUCCUUUUCACUUCCCUUUGCCACACUGAUGUCUACUUCUGGGAAGCAAAGGGCCAGACGCCAGUCUUUCCGAGGAUCUUUGGCCAUGAAGCAGGAGGAAUUGUUGAGAGCGUUGGUGAGGGCGUGACUGAUCUUGCUCCUGGAGAUCAUGUCCUCCCUGUCUUCACUGGUGAAUGCAAGGAGUGCGCGCACUGCAAGUCCGAGGAGAGCAAUAUGUGCUCCCUGCUGAGAAUCAAUACAGACAGAGGAGUCAUGAUUAAUGAUGGUCAAUCAAGGUUCUCCAUUAAUGGCAAGCCUAUCUAUCACUUUGUUGGAACCUCAACUUUCAGUGAGUACACUGUUGUUCAUGUUGGUUGUGUUGCUAAGAUCAAUCCUGAGGCACCGCUCGAUAAAGUUUGUGUUCUUAGCUGCGGCAUCUCGACAGGCCUUGGUGCUACCCUGAAUGUUGCCAAACCACCAAAAGGCUCAACUGUUGCCGUGUUCGGUCUGGGAGCUGUUGGGCUUGCUGCCGCAGAAGGGGCUAGGAUUGCUGGAGCCUCCAGAAUUAUUGGAGUGGAUUUGAAUCCUAAGAGGUUCAAUGAAGCGAAGAGAUUUGGUGUCAAUGAAUUUGUCAAUCCAAAAGAUUAUGACAGACCUGUUCAGGAGGUGCUUGCUGAGAUGACAAAUGGAGGAGUUGAUCGGAGCAUUGAGUGCACUGGGAAUAUUACUGCCAUGAUCUCUGCUUUUGAAUGCGUUCAUGAUGGAUGGGGUGUUGCUGUUCUGGUGGGUGUGCCUCACAAAGAUGCUGUCUUCCAGACCCACCCCUUGAAUCUCCUCAACGAAAGAACACUCAAAGGAACCUUCUUUGGAAACUACAAGCCCCGCUCUGAUAUUCCUUCUGUCGUGGAGAAGUACAUGAGCAAGGACCUGGAGCUGGAGAAGUUCAUAACUCAUGAAGUCUCUUUUUCUGAGAUCAACAAGGCUUUUGACUAUAUGCUGCAGGGGGAUAGCCUCCGCUGCAUUAUUCGCAUGGAUGCUUGAAGAGUUUUAUCCUUUGUUUUAUGUUUUUUGGAUUUGGUGAUUAAUUUUGGACAUCAUAUUGUUGUCUUUGUUUAGUAGCAAGUUAAGUUUCGUGGUUGUGUCGCUAUGUAUGUUACUAUGUUUUACAAAAGCAUAAAUAUUUGUGGCUUCAAUUCA